AUGGACCGGACACGGAGCACCUCGUCCGGGGGCACCUUUGUCGGCUCCGCCACCGAAUCCGAAUUCCCCUCCAUCACCAACAAGCGACUCCCCGGCCGCGCGACGCCCUCCCCGUCUCCCACCUCGGCCCUCCACCCUUCCGCGAACAGCUAUGGGCCUCCGAGGCCCGCGAGCGCCAACUCGGCAGCCCCCGCCGCGCCCGCGCCGACGUUAGAGCGGCGCAAAUUCAACUCGUUUGAGUCGCAGCGCAUGGAGCCGCGGGCGCCGGCGCACCUGCAGGGCGUGCCCAUCAACUUUAGCAAGACCAACGUUGCCCGCGAGCUCCGACACGUGGUGACGUCGACGCCGCAGCAGCAGCAACAGCAACAACAGCAGCAGCAGUCGAAGCCUAGGUUAAUCGCCGAGGAGAAACCGCGGGCGAGGGGCGGUGCGGGCACGCAGCAGCCGCAGGUUAACCCGGGGACGGAACCUACGCCCACGCCGUCGGAACGGUCGGCGGCGGACGGCGGAAGCAGGUUCGGGGGCGGGCGGGGACUCGGGCCGGGCGAUGAAAAGGGCCGGUGGAGUAAGAGGGUGUCGAGGCGGGCGAGGUUCUCGCUCGCGGCGGUGGGGGUGCCGUAUAUUGAGCGGCCGGGGCGCGCGCGGGUCGACGACGAGGACGACUACGAUUACGAUGGUAGCGAUGGGGGUCCUCGGGGAGGCGAGGUGGAAGGAGGAGACGGGGUGGUGCUGCGGCGGGGGUUGCUAGCCACAACAACACCCACAAGCACAGCACCCACCAGCACAACAACGGGCUUCCUCGUAUCCACACAACCCGCCUCCGAGCCCCUCUCGUGCCCGAAAUCCGACCGGAGGGCGUACCCGGUGCCGGACACGGACAAGUCGUUCCUGGUGUUCUGCGCCAUCGACUACACCGAGGGCACGCAGGAGCUGGGCGAGGUGCGGGCGGCCAGCAUGGAGGAGUGCGUGGGCAGCUGCGCGGAGCUGGCGGCGUGUCAGGGGUGCGGGUGGGGGUUCAUCGAGGGCGACAAGGACGAGAAGUUUCGCUGCUGGCUCAAGGGGACGAUUGGGCUGAAGCACGUGGCGAGGGCGAAUUGGACUUUUGCGCUGUUGCAGCAGGAGUGA